UAGUGGAAAGCAAAAGAAAAGAAAGAGAAACAGGGAUCUAUCUCUUCAGAAAGCACCAGGAUCACUUGCGCAACGCAGAAUGGCCCAAACCCAGCACCCCUUUUUGGCGCUUCUGCCACAUAUAACAAAACCCUUGAAAAAUAAAAUAUCACCUACAAACCCCGAGCUUCUUUACUCUUUUCAGUGCCAACAAAACCCACGUAGAGAAAACAAAAAUGGAAGAUGAGGGAAUUGAAGCAGUGUUGGCUAAAGCUACAGACUUGAGAUUAAAAAUCAGUAAUUGCAUUCAGAAAGCAACCACCAACAACAUUUCCAACAGCAUAAAGAAUCAAUCUUUUGAAGAAGAUAAGCAAGAGAGUGACGGUCUUGAAGAGAAAGGGGAGAAGAGAAAGAGUCAUAAUAAUUCGGAGUUUCUUGAUGGGGUUUUAUUGAGUGAAGCAGAGGAAGGAGAUGAUGAUGAGACCGUGAGGCUUUUGCAUAUCCGUGAUGCUCUUGAGUCCCUUGAGAACCAGCUCUCUAACUUGCAGGCUUUGCAGCAGCAGCAACGUUAUGAAAAAGAAGUUGCCCUUGGUGAGAUUGAACAUAGCCGCAAGAUAUUAUUGGAUAAGCUUAAGGAGUACAAAGGGGAAGACUUGGAAGUAAUAAAGGAAGCCUCUGCAUUUGCUGGGGAAACUGUGGAGCAUAAUAAUGAUCUCUUGCUUCCUCCAUAUCCUAGCCGCUUUCCACAGUCCUUGAUUUUAAACAAUCACCAUCUUUCGCACUUUCAUUCCACACACAAGUCCAAUGGGAUAAUAAAUGGUGAAGCAAAGAGGUAUCAGGACGAGUCAGAAAGCAAUCAGGUACCAACUGCAUCCAACUCAAGAAAAGGGUUGGGGCACAUCAUCAGUACAACAGCCAAGACUGUGAUUAGCCUUGUUGGUGUAAUAUCAGUGUUAAGCUUGGCUGGUUUUGGACCUGGCAUUGGAAAGAAAAAUGUUACUCUCAAGGUUUUGGGCUUGUGUCGGCAACCAGCAGCUGAUGAGAGGAAACAAAGUGUUCAAUGCCCACCUGGGAGAAUCCUGGUACGGCAACAUGGGGAAGUUCGCUGCGUCGUGAAAGAAAGGGUGGCAGUUCCUUUUAAUUCAGUGGUUGGAAAGCCUGAUGUAAAUUAUGGAAGUGGAUAUAUUCACGAUACUCGCAAGUGGUGCCGGAAAGUUUUGGCCACUAUUAACUAUGGUUUCUCUUUGAAGGCCUCUCACAGGGAUUUGGAAAGGAGUGUAAGAUUAGAAGUUGGUGCAUUUAGUGAAGAGCAACAGGCUCUGAUGGUCAAAUCAUGGAAUUCCAUGAAGAACAAUGCUGGAGAAUGGGGCCUGAAGUUCUUCUGCGAACUUACUUUAAUACCAAAUUCAGAAGUUCCUCUGGAGCAGAAUCCAAAGCUUAAACCUCAUGCCGUGACUGUCUUUGUUAUGACCUCUGAAUCAGCAGCGCAACUCCGGAAGGCUGGCAAAGUCACUGUCAAAGAGUCCAGUCUGAAAGAUUUAGGAGCUACUCAUUUGAAAUACGGGUUUGUCGAUGAACAUUUUGAGCUUGUUCUUCUUCCAAAUGCCAUAGUUGCUGAUGACACUGCCAUAGAAGUAAUGCCGACUACACUGUUACAAAGCUAUCCAAGAUGGGCUCAGAACACCAAUCCCAUUUUUAUAAAAUCACCAACCUGUCACAUUCUAAAACACCGGGCCACUAUGUGUUCCUCGGAGUUCAAGGGUUUCACAGAAGAACAAGAAGCUCUUGUUGUGAAGUCAUGGAGUGCAAUGAAGAAGAAUGCUUCAGAAUUGGGUCUUAAAUUCUUCUUGAAGAUAUUUGAAAUUGCUCCAUCAGCACAGAAACUGUUCCCAUUCCUGAGAGACUCAAGCGUUCCUGUCGAGCAGAAUCCAAAACUCAAGCCCCAUGCCAUGUCUGUCUUUAUCAUGACUUGUGAAUCUGCUGUGCAGCUAAGGAAAGCUGGGAAAGUAACAGUGAGAGAGUCCAGCUUGAAAAAAUUAGGAGCUGUCCACUUCAAAUAUGGUGUGGUUGAUGAACAUUAUGAGGUAACAAAGUUUGCCUUAUUGGAGACAAUUAAGGAAGCUGUACCUGAAAUGUGGUCACCAGAUAUGAAGAAAGCAUGGGGAGAGGCUUACGAUCAGCUAGUUGCUGCUAUCAAGACAGAAAUGAAGCCCCCUUCCUAGGUUUCUUGAAUGAAUUAAACUUUGCAAAAUUAAGCAUGUGUGUUAUGCUAAUCUUUGUUUACUAAUCCGGGUGUCUGGGAAUGUUUGCUCAUCAUGUAUUUACUAGAGUUUGGCCCGCGCUCGGCAGCGGGUAUGUUUGAAUAAAACUUAUCAUAUUUUCAUAAUCGU